AAAAAAGUAGCUUGCUAGCUUAACCGCAUUGUUUACAAUUAAUUAAUCGCUGUAACGAGUUUGCGGUGUGUCUUUGGAAACGUACAGAGUUCUCCUUCUUCAUCCCAUUUCAGGGAAAAAAACAUGAGCAAAGAUUCACAAAUGAGGGCAGCAAUAAAUCAGAAAUUAAUUGAAAUGGGGGAACGGGAUCGGUUGAAAGAAUUGCUCAGGGCGAAGCUGGUAGAAUGUGGGUGGAAGGAUCAGUUGAAAGCACACUGCAAAGAUGUUAUCAGAGAAAAGGGCUUGGAACACAUAACAGUGGAGGACCUGGUAGCAGAAAUCACACCAAAAGGAAGAGCACUUGUACCAGAUAGUGUGAAGAAGGAACUAUUACAGAGAAUCAAAACUUUUUUAGCUCAACACUCUACCUUGUGAAUGAGGCUGCAGAUUUUAUUUUAUUAGAUUUACAUUUUAUUUUUGCCGCUGAUGUUAUGUUAUUUUUACUUUGUUUUUUUUAUAUUGAUUUAGUUUGUUAUGCUAAAAUUUUAACAAUAAAGCCAUCGUUAUGUUUUGUCA